AAAAAGAGGAGACUCCUCACUCCUCAGCCAUUACAAUGUCUUCUUCUUCUCACUUGAUCUUCACUUUCAUUCUCUUACUCUGUCUCUCCUCCUCCUCUGCUUCUCCACCAAAUUCGACAUCCGAAAUUGAGACUCUCCGGCCUCUAAAAGAGAUUCAAAAGCUGAAGAUCAUCAGAAAACAACUCCAAAAGAUCAAUAAACCAGCCAUCAAGACCAUUCAUAGCUCAGAUGGAGAUAUGAUAGAUUGUGUUCCAUCUCAUAACCAGCCUGCUUUUGAUCAUCCUUUGUUACAAGGACAAAGACCAAUGGAUCCACCGGAGAUGCCCAUAAGGUAUAGCCAAGAAAACGAAUCACAUGAAAAUUUUCAGCUUUGGAGCUUAUCCGGUGAGUUUUGCCCGGAAGGUACGAUUCCGAUCAGAAGAACGACUGAACAAGACAUGUUAAGAGCAAGUUCUGUCCGUAGAUUUGGUCGGAAAAUCAGGCGCGUGAGAAGGGAUUCGAGCAGUAAUGGCCACGAGCAUGCGGUUGGAUACGUAUCGGGAAGUCAAUACUACGGAGCAAAAGCAAGUAUAAACGUGUGGACGCCACGUGUCAUAAGCCAAUACGAGUUUAGUCUAUCUCAGAUUUGGGUCAUCGCCGGUUCUUUCGCCGACGAUCUUAAUACCAUCGAAGCUGGUUGGCAGGCACGUGUCAUCCAUCACCUCCUUAUUUUUAUUAGCCCGGAGCUUUACGGAGACACUAAUCCAAGAUUCUUCACCUAUUGGACGUCGGAUGCCUACCAAGCAACAGGAUGCUAUAACUUACUAUGUUCUGGUUUUGUUCAAACAAACAAUCGAAUCGCAAUCGGAGCGGCAAUUUCACCCGUUUCGUCGUAUAAAGGUGGACAAUUCGAUAUAAGUUUACUGAUAUGGAAGGACCCAAAGCAUGGACACUGGUGGCUCCAAUUCGGGUCAGGUACACUAGUCGGGUAUUGGCCCGUAUCUCUGUUCACACACCUGAGAGAGCAUGGGAACAUGGUCCAGUUCGGUGGUGAGAUCGUGAACACACGACCUGGUGGUUCACAUACUUCGACCCAAAUGGGCAGUGGCCAUUUUGCAGGUGAAGGUUUUGGAAAAGCGUCUUACUUUAGGAAUCUUCAAAUGGUAGAUUGGGACAAUACUCUUAUUCCGAUAUCUAAUCUUAAAGUUCUUGCGGAUCAUCCAAAUUGUUAUGAUAUAAGAGGAGGAGUAAACCGUGUAUGGGGUAACUUUUUUUAUUACGGAGGACCGGGUAAAAAUCCCAAAUGUCCAUAGAGAAAAAAAGAAGUGGAUAGUGUUGUUUUGAGCUUAGAUUCUGAUAAUGAUGUGAGGGAUUCAUUCCUUACUAUUGUCCUAAUGUUACCAAAUAGGUAUCCCUAUGCAAUAUUAGGAGGUAAUUUCAAAUUCUAUGUAUAAUCUUCAUUUUGUAAUUCAUUCAAGACUACAAUAGUUUGUUUUUCCUGCUGUUUUCAGUUGUAUACGUUUUGGUGGAAUCUUUUAUACAAGCAUUUGUUUUAAGCCUAAAGCAUAUGCAACAGCCUAUCACCAUAAGAUAGAUAGAAAAAGGACAGAGAUCAUUUUAUCUGCGAUUGCUUCUUUGAAACAUUGAUGAAGUGUAUUGCAGCCAUAAAUUCAAUAGUUCAAA